CGAGGCGGCCGGGCCCGGGGCGGCGGCGGCGGCGGCGGCCGGAGCGCCCGUGCCUGUGGACUGCUCAGACGAGGCGGGCAACACGGCGCUGCAGUUCGCCGCGGCCGGGGGCCACGAGCCGCUGGUGCGCUUCUUGUUGCGCCGCGGCGCCUCGGUCAACAGCCGCAACCACUACGGCUGGAGCGCGCUCAUGCAGGCAGCCAGAUUUGGGCACGUGAGCGUGGCACACCUCCUUUUGGAUCAUGGAGCUGAUAUCAAUGCCCAGAACCGUCUAGGGGCCAGCGUGCUCACUGUGGCCUCUCGGGGUGGCCACCUGGGUGUGGUGAAGCUGCUUCUGGAAGCUGGUGCCUUUGUGGACCAUCACAGCUCCUCAGGCGAGCAGUCAGGGGACAGCAGGGAUGAGCUGUUGGACAUCACAGCCCUGAUGGCUGCCAUCCAGCAUGGGCAUGAGGCUGUGGUGCGUCUGCUGAUGGAGUGGGGUGCGGACCCCAACCACGUGGCCCGAACCGUGGGCUGGAGCCCACUGAUGCUGUCAGCACUCACUGGGAGGCUCGGCAUGGCUCAGCAGCUGGUGGAGAAGGGGGCCAACCCUGACUACCUCAGCGUGUUAGAGAAGACCGCCUUCGAGGUUGCACUUGACUGCAAGCACAGGGACCUUGCAGACUACCUGGACCCACUGACCACUGUCAGGCCCAAGACAGAUGAGGAGAAAAGGCGGCCUGAUAUUUUCCACGCGUUGAAAAUGGGAAACUUCCAGCUGGUCAAAGAGAUCGCAGACGAAGACCCUAACUAUGUGAACUUGGUCAAUGGGGAUGGGGCAACCCCGCUGAUGCUGGCGGCCGUCACGGGGCAGCUGCCUCUGGUGCAGCUGCUGGUGGAGAGGCGUGCUGACAUCGACAAGCAAGACAGCGUGCAUGGCUGGACAGCCCUCAUGCAGGCCACCUACCAUGGGAAUAAGGAAGUUGUCAAAUACCUGCUAAACCAAGGAGCUGAUGUCACUCUUCGUGCAAAAAACGGGUACACGGCCUUUGACCUAGUGAUGCUGCUGAGUGACCCUGACACGGAACUUGUUCGACUGCUGGCAUCUGUCUGCAUGCAGGUGAAUAAAGACAAAGGCCGGCCCAGCCACCCACCACCUCUGCCCCACUCGAAGGUCCGACAGCCUUGGAGUGUCCCAGUGCUGCCCGAUGACAAAGGCGGGCUCAAGUCCUGGUGGAACCGAAUGUCCAAUCGGUUCCGGAAGCUCAAACUGAUGCAGACCCUGCCCCGCAGGCUCUCCAGCAACCAGCCAUUGCCUUUCUGUGAUGAACCAGACUCAGCGCUGGACUCCACAAUGAGGGCGGCCCCCCAGGACAAGACAAGCCGCUUGGGGCUUCAUGAUGUAGCCCCCACAGUGAAAGAUAAUGGUCCCGGGAGCAUGAGAGGAGACAAAGAAGAUGUGUUAUUGACAACCAUGCUUCGAAAUGGAGCCCCCUUCCCCAGACUCCCGAGUGACAAGCUGAAGGCAGUCAUCCCCCCUUUCUUACCCCCUUCCAGUUUUGAGCUGUGGAGCUCGGACCGGUCCCGGACAUGUCACGGUGGGAAGGCAGAACCCAUGAAGACUGUGCUGCCCCAGAGAGCUGGCCGGGGUGCCCCCGUGGGCAUGGGCGGUGGGAGCACAGAUGCUACUCCUGUCAGGCCGGUUAAAUUUCCAUCUCUCUCCAGAAGCCCCGCCUCUCCUGCCAAUUCCGGAAACUUCAACCACUCACCUCAUUCCUCAGGCGGCUCCAGUGGGGUCGGGGGCUCCAGCAGGCAUGGUGGGGAGCUGCAUAACCGCUCAGGUGGCAGCAUAGACAGUGUCCUGUCACAAAUUGCUGCCCAGAGGAAAAAGGCAGCCGGAUUAUCUGAGCAGAAGGCCAGCCACCGGUCAAGUCCUGUUGGGCCAGCGCCAGGGUCCGGCUCAUCUGAGCUCCCAGUCUCUCCUGCAGGCAGCGGCGGUCCCAGUGGCAAGCAGAAACUGGAGACGAGCAAACGGCCUUUGUCUGGAACUUCCACUACCUCCAAAAGCACCUCCCCCACACUCACGCCCUCCCCUUCGCCCAAAGGGCACGCGGCCGAGUCCUCUGUGUCCUCCUCGCCCCAUCGGCAGUCCAAGAGCAGUGGGGGCUCCAGCAGCGGCACCAUCACAGAUGAAGAUGAACUGACUGGAAUCCUUAAGAAAUUAUCACUUGAGAAGUAUCAGCCCAUUUUUGAGGAGCAAGAGGUGGAUAUGGAAGCAUUCCUCACGCUUACCGACGGCGACUUGAAGGAGCUGGGUAUUAAGACAGAUGGGUCCAGGCAGCAGAUUUUGGCAGCAAUUUCUGAACUGAAUGCAGGCAAGGGACGCGAGAGACAGAUUUUACAGGAAACCAUUCACAACUUCCACUCUUCCUUUGAGAGCAGCGCCAGCAACACCAGGGCCCCUGGAAACAAUCCCUGUACGUGAUCCUCCCUCCUGUGGUCACCAUCGUGAGCUUUCUGAAUUCCAGUACUGCCCUCACACAGCCAGUGCUCUGACCACUGUCAGCUCUUUCCCCAUUCCCUGAAACAGGCCACACUUUGUCACACCACCAUGGCUUUGUUCACUCUGCCCAGAACACCUGUCUUCCCUUCCCUGCUGUAGUAGUUGGUGAUGCUUGUUGGUGUAACAAACUCAAACAUGGUAGACUUAACCUCACAUGAAGUCUGGAACGGCUGCUUCUGCUUGGCAGGUGACUUCACACUGUGAUUUGGGGACCCAUCUCAUUUCAUCUUGCAGCCCUGCCAUCCCCAGGGACCUCAGCAUCUUUUCUUCUGGUUGGCAAAAAGGGGAAAGGGACAGUGGAGAAGGCACAGCCAUUCUUAACUACUUUCCUCUUAAUUGCCCUUGUUCCAUCUGUUCUUCCUCACAUUCCAUUGACCUCCAGUAGUCAUGUGGCGGCAUCUGAGUGUGAAGGAUGCUGGGGAAUGUAGUCUUUGUUUAGGUGGUGGCUCCCCAGCAGCAACUCUAAACUUAGCUGGGGCAGCAUGUGUUUUGGAGAAUGCUUAGCCUUCCCUGACACAUCUUUCUGGAAAACUUCUAACUUGUUCUUUGUGAUCCAAGUUACCUGUACAGUGAAGCCUUUCUUGACUCUUUUACAUAGAACUAACUUUUCAGCCCCUGGGGUCCUUUACUGCAUGUCUGAAACUCUGUUCUAAUGCUUGGCUGUACCCACUGCAUACAACAUACAACAGGUGUUCAGGAUGUGUAUGUUGAAUGCAUUUUUCUUUGUUGCAAGGGCAACCUUUUCUAUAGGAAACAAGAGUAAGCCCGCUGCAUGAUCCUGGAUCCCUUCUUUCUGGCCUAAGUGCCGUCACCUGCAAGAUCAGGGCUUGGGCAGGAUGAUGCUCUAAGUCUAUGCUGUUCACCCGUAUCGCUGUAGGGCUUUCUACACUUCAGGUGGGAGCAGAAGACCCUAAUAGAUUACACUGUGGAAGGACUUUGGUGCUCACAUUUUCUAGACAAAGAGCUAAGCAUUUGGAAUUUCUCGUAUACCCUGUUAAUGCUAUGUUCCUCAGAAGGGAAUUAGUUCUUGUAAUUUUCUGCCAUGUCAUAGUACCUCAGCAGCGCCCCGACUUCUAAAAUCCAGUAGCUUUUGGAAGUGUUUUCAAGUGAGUAAUUUGUUUGGCCAGUGCUUGCUACAUUUCUUUUAUGUGCUGAGUGCGGGGGAUACAGAGAUGAGCUAGAGCCAGUCCCACCCUUGGGGACCUCGAGAGGCAGGAGAGGAUGUGAACAGACGAUCCCAACCUCGAGAGGCAGUAUGACAGAGUAGGAAGAGUUUGUACUCUGGACUCGGGCUCAGAGUUCACAUCCAGUCCUUCGGCUGGCCAGCUGUGUGGCCGGGACAAGUCACGUAGCCUCUUGCCCAGAGCUUAGAGCCAGCGUGCAGAAAGCAAUUGGUCUGCACGAAGUAGACAGCAGCCUUCACAGUUUUGGUCUUUGCCACAAGCUCUGCCAGGCCACAUGUCCUCGGGAGGUGCGGUCUUUCCUAUGCCUCUCCCAGCCAAAGGCCUGGUCCCCUCCACUGGCUUCUUGAGAGGCAGUCGUGACCACAUAGCCCAGAGCCACCUCAUGCUCGCCCUCUGCCUGUUGGGCCAGUACCUCCAUCUUCUCAUCCCUCCCACUGGCAGCUGCCAGCAUGCAACAUGACUGAAGCGAAAAGGUUUCACUUUGCCUUUGCUGACAGGCAUCUUUAUAAAUGUCCCUCAAAUCCCGGCCUUUAAUGAGAAAUAGUCAUAGAGCGCCUACUGUGUGUGGCAGCUUGACUGCAGUGUCAUCCAUCCUCACCGCCAUGCGGGAGAAUCCUGUACAUCUGAAAGACAGAGUGCAGCUGCAUGCCAGCAACAUAGCCCAGAGGGGGCAGAGCUCGCUUAGAACGGGAUCUGGUGUGCUCUGGGCCCCUGCCUUUCCACCGACCCGCGUAGACUCCUGGAGCUGGGAGCACUGGGGAUUCUCACUGUUGUAAUGGUCUGAUCUCUCCAGGGGUUAUCAGUGGGCCUAGGGUUGUUUGCCCUUGAAAUACGUGGCCCUGGAGUGACAUGACUUGAGGUUUUGUGUCUGCCUCUUGCUGCUGUCCUGUUUUUUUCAUAACCCCUAUAUUCGUGCAGCUUCCUGUCAGGUAGGUUUGAACAUCCAUCAUAUACAAGGGCUGUGCUGGAGGAGUCUGCUUUCCACAGUUCAGAAUCCCGUGAUUUCAUCUGAUGACACCAGGCAGAGCUGGGCUGAUUCCCAAUUUGCAGACGGGAAACCUGAGGCUCAGGACAAGUGUCUCUCUUGUCUUUCUCACUAGACUCAAGUGGUUCUAAGGCAGUUUAUGGAGUGGUGAGAGAUUCCUGGCACCCAUUCUGGGCCAUGAUCUCCCCCUUCCUGGUAGCCCCUCCCAUCUCACAUGUAUCCCUAGGCUGCCUGCAAGGGUCUGUUCUCCUCCACAGUAAAUGUUUCCCUUGCUCGAUGACCUUCACCAGCAUUCCCCAAAAUGUAUUCCUUGGAACACUAGUUCCAUAGGAUGUUAAUGGAUUUUUCAUAAAGAAAAAUAAAGGGAGUGUAUAUGUGAAAGUAGGAUGAGGCUCUGAUCAAAUAGGUUUGGCAGGCACUGGGUUAAAGCCCAGUUACUGGACUGUCUUGCUGUAGGACAUCUCAGAACCCUCGGCACGCCAGCGUGUGUGUUGGGCCUCUUAUAAGGGGGUCAGGUAGUGCGUAGUAUUUUCCAUACGUUUGAUCACAGUGCUUCUUCGUGGUGCUGUUGCAAGACCAGACUCCUUGGACGCUGUCCGGGAAACCCUGCUUUAACUAAGACAGCAGCAGCCAUGAGGACUCGCAGCCGCUGGGGGCGGGCAAGGGGGCACUCGGACUUCAGCCGGGUCAGGGGUCUUCGCUGCUCAUCCAUCCCCAGCAGCUCUUGGCAGAGGUGCCCUGCUUGGCAGUAGGACAUCAGGGUGGGGGAGUCCCUUGACUUUUAGGUGAUUGGGACCUUGCUCAGAGGCCUCUCCACCUUGGGGGUCUCCUGCAGGGUAGAGGGCGUUUGUUCCCAGCCUGAGUGCAGUGUCCCGCCCGGUGGGUGCUGGGUGUCCGUGCCACACCCCCACUGGCCAGGGCAUCCUCCCACCUUUCUUCCUUUAGGGCCAGACCAUUCCAUGGAAGCCAGCUAGUUUUGCUAGGAGAAUGUUUACUUUUUCAUGCUUUUGUUCCCCAGACAUUCACUGAGCAUCCAGUCUGUGCCUGCCCCUGCUUGUGUUUUGGAUCCAGAGAUGAAAAUACACUCAUUCCUGCCUUCAAGGAACCCACAGUGUUUUAGAGGAGACAGGCAUGUAAAUAAAACAUUGUGGUGCCGUGUGAAGAGUCUUGUCACGAAAGCGUGUGCUAGGUCCAUGGCACAGAGAAUGUCAUUUGUGAUGGCUCAGGUUUGGCCCCCCAGGAGGGAGCUGGCAGAUGAGGAAGUGAAAGGGCACCCAGAUUGAGGGACAGCCUGUGUGAACUUAGUCUGCAUAUAGCAUUCAUGGGUUACAUAUUGCUGGAGAGAAGUUAGAUACCUGUUUUUCUGAUUUGGGUUGGGGUGGGUGUGUUUCUGUUUUUUAUUUUUUUAUUUUUUUUAUUUGGGUUCUUUUCUUUGAAGUGCAUAGAAGCAAUCUGUCACCCUGGAAAGAGCACUGAAUCUAGAGUCAGCCCUAGCACCGGGGUUUGGCUCAGCCACUUACUGAGUAACAGCGGGCUUGUUUCUUCUGCUUGAAUCUCCGUUUCCCUUUUGGUUAGAAGGGGCUGGUGCUCCCCAAGGUGCUGAGGAUCAGAUGAAAGUGAGAAAGCCCUUUUCACAGCGUGUGGGGCUGUGCAGAUCUGAGAGAUCACUAUGGCUGCACGUUGAAAUCAAUCUCAGUCUCUCUGCCUCUCUCCUUUCCCCACCUCCACGGCCCACUUGCCUGGAUGUAGCCAUGGGUGGGGAGGGGGGAGUAAGACCAGAGGAAGGGGCCUACAGCCAGAGGUAGCCCAGCUUAGAUGGCUCUGCUGGCAUCAGCCCAAGGCUGACAGUGGAUCCCCACGCUCCAGCUGUGCCUGACUCUGGGUGUUUGUGUCUCUGGGAUUCCCAGCAAGGUGGACGGAAAGAAGCAGGAAGGCUUUCCAGCCAAACUGCAGGAGCUGAUCCAGCAGACAAAGAGGAGGCAGGAAACCCUUCCAGUUUUCUCUUACCUUGGAACUGCCCAAGGACACUACUGUGCAGGUCAGGAUUGGACUGGGCAGCUCUUGACAUCCACACUGACCUUUGCUACCAAGACUAUCUCCUGAAGCCUCAGGACCCUUCUUGGGAAAAUUUUGCAGCCCAUACCGAAGGUGUUGUGAAGCAUCAUCUGUGCUCGUAUGUCUUUGUCCAUUUCAAGCAAGAUAAUCAUGUCUUUUUAACUAAUAGAUCCUGUUCAGCAUGUAAGGACACCCGAUGUUUUCCCCGAUAAAGUCAAUACUAGAUUCUGUAGGAUAGGCCGGAAGAUGAAUUUCCUCCCUGGAAGAUGGGGUAGGUGAGUCACUUCCUCUGGGUGGGUUCUCCUUAGAUAUUUCUGCAGGGCUUGCCAGGCUCCCUGCUGGCCUCAGGGGGCCUCUGCUCCUCUGUAACAUGCAGCCUAGGAGGGGAUUAGAUCCUGCUUUAAAUUUUAGUCCCUUGUCUAAGAGCCAAUCUCUAUAGAUGGUGAGUCACCAACACUUGGGAUAACAAGAGAAAUAAACACAGAAUCGCUGCUAGUGGGAUAGAGCAGAAGGCCCAGUUCAUCUGUCUCCAGCUCCUUCUAGGGUGGAGACCACCUGGGGCUCCCUUCUCAGGGCCCUGCCCAGUGGGGUGAGCCAGUCCCACCAGGUCCCCAGCUCCUGUCAGAGCCACCUCCCCAGGGCUGAUAGACACAGGGCAUGGCCAUCCUCUUCAGAGGGACCUUGUCCCCCACCUCCAGGUGGCUGGGGUAGAACUUAGCCUUACCCUAAGUCUUCAGCAAGGCCACCGUAUCCUUUGAUAAGAGGCCAGGUUGCCAUCUUGUUUCAGCCCUGUAGAGUGGGUUUACAGGUUCCUCACCAUCAAAUGUUACCUUUUUAUUAUUAUUGUUAUUUCCAUGCAAGAACUUGAUCCUUCAAAGGAUUUUUGUUUGCCAAAUGUGUAUUAAAUAACAGUGAAUUUGUCUUCUCGCUUUGAUUUUGCUCAUCGAAGGCAUAAAUGCUGCUCAGAUUUCUUCCAGUGAUAACUAUUAGAGCAGGCGCCUGUGGUGUGCGGGGUGCGUCUGUAAGCUGCCUCGCCUCCUUCACAACUGCCCAUCAGGCAGCCUUCACAUUCCCUUUCUACUGAUUCAGUGACUGUGGCACACAGACAUUUUUUUCAUCAUGAUAAGUGUACUCCUUAAUCCCUAUCACCUGUUUCAGCCAUCCCUCCACCCACCUCCCCUCUGGUAACCAUCAGUUUGUUCCCCAUGGCUAAGUGUUUCUUGAUUUGUCUCUCUCUCUCUUUUUCUCCUUUGUUAAUAUCUGCACACAGAUAUUAACCUCACCAAGGCCCCCCAGUUAACAAGGGACAGUGGGCUUCAAUGCAGAUCUCACCCCUCACUGUUAGAGGAGCCGCAUUUUCUCCGGGCUGUGUUGCUGCCUUGCUGCCUUUCCACACAGAGAGAAGCGUUACAUUGGUAUAAGCCCAGCCAACAGCAAAAAUAAAACCUGUUAGUCUAUAUGGCUUGUUCACAAUUUUUUUUGUGGGUGUGCUCAUGAAAUACUAUAAAUACCUUGGAGAUUCUCUUUGUUUCUUCUAAGAAUUCUUACAAGUCCAGGGACUGCCUCAUCUCCACCUGCUUUGGUAUCAGUAUCUCAUGUUGGCAUGCUCAGCCCUGUAGAACAUAUAGGAAGCAGAAGGUGGUGUGGGUUCCAGUCCUGAAGUGGGUGGAGUGAGGCCAAGGUCUGUGAGGCCCCAGAGGAUGGAGCAAAGAUACUAGGGAGACCAUGGGAGUAGAGCCAGCUUUCCCUGAGGAAGAGCAUCCAGGAACCCGAGCUACCUGGGAGAGGGAGCUUCCUUCCCCCAAGGCUGGGCAAGCCCAUACCAGGGCAGCUGGAGAGGGGAAUUCAGACUUUGGAUGAGGAUGGGACCCAGCAAUUGGUUCCCCAAUGACCCAAAGGUGGAGAUGAGGGGAGACAAGCGGGUAUAUAAGGCAGUGAGUUACCUGACACUAAAUAUAUGCAUUUUAUAGGGUUGACCUCGAUGCAAGUCCCUCCUUCUUGGGGAGAAGGGGUGGUGGUGAUGGUAGUUUUAGUUUUACUGAUGUGUGAAUCCAAAAGUCUGAGAAAAAUCAUUUUAGGUCAUUUUUGCAGUCCCUUCCUGCCCUCUGAUUCUAUGAAAAUCUAUAAAAAGGGGAGUGUCUCAUCAAUAAAUUAAAUGUAGAAUUACCAUGUAACACAGCAAUUCCACUCCCAACUAGAGACUCCAAAGAAUUGAAAAUAAGUAUUCAAAAAAAAAAAAACCCAAAAACGUGUAUGCAAAUAUUCAGAGCACUAUUCACAAUAAUCAGAAGGUGGAAACAAUCCAGAUGGCCAUCAAGAGAUGAAGGGGUAAACAAAAUGUGGUGUAGCCACACAAUGGAGUAUUAUUCAGCCAUAAAGAGGAAUGAAAUACACCUGCUGUGACACAGACAAACCUUGAAAACACUACACCAGGUGAGAGAAGCCAGACACAAGGGACUACAUAUUCUGUGAUUCCAUUAGUAUGAAGUGUCCAGAAUAGGCAAAUACGUAGAGAUGACCGGAGUCUGGGGGGGCCGAGGAAAUGUGGAGUAACUGCUUAAUGGGUAGGGGCUUUCCUUUGGGGGUGAUGAAAAAGUUCUGGAACUAAAUGAUAUGGUUGUAAAUUGUGGAUGUAUUUAAUGCCACUAAAUUGGGUACUUUAAAAUGGUUAGAGUGGUUAAGUUUUGUAUCUAUUUUAUCAUAAUUUUUAAUAAAAAAAAAAAGGAGAAAGGAGAGGGGAGCUCAUCACCUGGCUGGUUUUCCAUCCCUCUCCUGUCAGUCUGCUCAUCUCCACCUUGUCAUCAGUGUGAAAGAUCCGUGACCACCCUGGGGUCUUCGACACUCCCAUGUGCACAGAAACACUCCCUUUGAGUCGCAGAUGGGUGUUUUCAGAAGCCCUUCUGCGUUGGCAUGGACACCCACUGGAUGAAGGACUUCUUCAGCUGUUGAGUUGAUGCCUCCGAGGGACCCAGGCCCAGCUGACACGCUCCCUCGGCAGACACUGAUGGAACACCGUCACAGGCACCGGGGAUGCACUGAGGGGGGCAAAGCAAAGUCGCCGCCUUCGCGGAGUUUAUGAUCCACGAGGGGUGAUAAAAAUCCUGGCUCUCAGGGCACUGUGGGGAUUAACUGAGCUGUUCCAAGUCAAGUGCUCAGCACAGUGCCUGGCACAGGAGAGGGAAACUGGCUCCAACAAGCAAAAUGAUCCGCCCAAGGUCACAUGAUGUUUAGAGUAGAACCCAGGCUUCUCACACCUACUGAAUCCAGCUCUUUGGCAGCUUCCCAGGUGUGAUCUGAAAUGGGCCCUGUAUGUGGAGGGCAGGGAGAGGAAGGAAGGAAGAGGAAGAGGCAGACCCCUCCAGAUGGGCGGUGUUUUCCAGGUUCCUUGUCAGCUGGCUCCACUAAGAGGCACUGACAGGAAGUUGGAGGACAGAAGGGAGAAACCAGGGUAUCUCUCGUCCUCUCCUCAGCCGCAGGUGGCAUCUCCAAGCAGCAGCUGUGCCUCCUUCCAAGGGACCAGGACUGGUGAGUUAUGACUCCAGAUUUACCAGAUAACCCCUCCCCUCUCUGGUCCUCCUGUAGCACUUCUCCACUGUUGCUAAUUUCUGGCUGCUUCACUGUCCCCAUGUAGCUUCUCAGCCUUUCCAUUCUCCGAGUAACCAAUUCCCUGCAUGCAAGUCCCUGUGUUUUAAACACUCAAGCUGAUUCUGUUGCCUGGUUAGACUGAUUCACAUCCCAGGAUCCGCGCAGUCCCAAAUCCUAGGUAUGCACUUUAGAGCCACUCCCCUGCAGGUGCACAAGGAGAGAUGUCUAAGAAUGUCUGUCUACAGUGUUUGUGAAAACGGAGAGGUGGAGGGGGCGUGGCCACCCAUUGCCAGAGGGACGGAUAUUGUACAAGGUUCGGGACACAGAAACUGGGAGUAGAGGUCUAGAACGGAGGAGCCUGCAGGAACACGCAGCCACCCAAUGCCAGAAUGAGUCACAGUCCACUCAAGAGGCUUCCCGCAGUGCACUUGGAGCGGGUAUGAGCAGAUGAAGAAAGGAAUGAAGAACUUUCUCACCUCUGGGCCUAUGACAGAGGCACACCAGACGUAUUGGUGGAGAAUGACCAGCAAACAGAAAUAGCGGGGCGAGCAGAAUUACAAGGGAAAGGAGAGACGAGGAGAAUUUCAGGGAGCACCUAGGUGCAUUCAGUGAGCCCACGGAGUGCCUGUGAGGGCAGGGCGGGAAACUGUGGACGGGAUCCAGGCAGAGCAACUACGCAUCCUUUGGGAGAUGAGUGAAAGGGAGUGCAGAGAGCGGGGGACACAACCGAGUCUGGGAGUCCUGAGAGGCUAAAAGGGUAAGGUCGGCAACAUGGAGUUUGGGUGUUGACCCUCAGUGGCUUUCUAGAAGUCCUGGUUUUACAAAUGCUGUGUGGUCACACAGAGAAGAGAGGGAUGGAUGGUCCCUAGGCGUGGAUGUGGGUUCACCACCAACCAGCCCAGCCACACUCACCCGUAAUCGUGGCUACUAAUCUGGAUGCCCUUAACAGUCUGGAACGUGGGGACAUAAUCACGAGUGAAAUGUUUUGGCCCUGUUCACAGGCCCCUGCGUUAAACUGCUGGUCAGCAGGCUCAGGGAGAUCUGGCUUGCUGGUCAUCUGAAACAGCACAACAGCAAGUCCACAGAGAGCAAACCUGGGGCUCUUAGAGGACCAGAGUGUGAUGUGGCUGCCGGCAAAAUGCGGGUGGCCCCAGACUGCAAGGACAGCAGCCCAGAGGCCUGAACGCAGAGGGAUGCUCCUGUUAUUCUGUGUGCUUCUUGGUCCAUAUGGAGGGCUUGUGGUCAGUUCUGGACAUCACUCGAAGAAAACCAUGAGCAGACUAGUGGCCAGGGAAAGUUGAGGAACCGGGAGACAUCCCUCUGAGGAAGAGGUGACUUGGUUGGGGGUGGUACGCAGCAUUACUUGUGAGCUGUCUUUGGUGAAGGACACCAUGGAUGAAGGAGAGACUCCAGCAGCAGACUGGGAUCCAGAGUGAAUGCCACAGCAAGGCUGACUUUGGUGGAGCACACAACCGCCAUCGACCGAAUAACAGCAUGGGAGCCUCAGGAAGCACUGAUCUUGCCACUGAUCUGCUGGUAUUAUUACUAUAAUUGUUAUUAGUUGCAUGCCUAACAAGAGCUAAGUACUGUGUUAAGUACCUUACAUGCACGUACGCAUUAUCUUACUAAGGGAGUUAAUGAUAUGAAAAGUGCUCAGAACAGCGCCUGGCACACGUGAGUACUCGAAGUACAUUCGCUGUUGUAAUUAUUUAAUCUUCACAAUAAACUUGCUGUGAAAGAGGAA